GCAGACUGGGUCGCGGUGGGAAAAGUGAGCGAGCGAGGGAGGGAGAUCGUGAAGUGAAGUGAAAUGAAAGGAGUGAGGCAGGGCAGUACUUACUCACUGGCUGACAUUCUGCUACAGUAUAGUUUCAUGAGGAGGAGUUGUUGUUGUUGUUGUUUUCUCUAUCUUUUCGGAGCAGUCUUAUUUCCUACCUAACUGUAGGAAGUAAAGGAAAGGAAAGAAUGCAUGCAUGAAUACCUGACUUUCCCCUUCGUCUUGGACUUUCCACUCUCUUGUGGGGUUUGCGGUGGUGAUGUGUAGGUGUUUUUAGAUUAGGAGUCGCGAAUUCCAUUCAUUUUGGUAUCUGUGUAGAGUUUACGGAUUGCCUGCGGGCGCGCAAGCUGGGGUUCCCAUUUCAUGGAGUAAAUUCGACGUUGUCGAGAUUAGGGGUGGUGGGAGGACGGUUCGCAGAGUUUGAAGGAAUUUGCGUUGCUGGGUGGAAGAGGGUUGGCGCGACAGAGUGACAGAGUGAACCUAUUAUCGUUAGUAUGAUUUUCGGAACUGGUCAUCAGGGCUGGCAAGGAUUUGAGCAUUUUUUUUUGUCUAGUGUGAGGCGUUAAACAAUUGAUCGUAACUGGUGAAGGGGAUAUUCCGUUGGAGCCAGUUGAGGACAUUUUUGUUGGGAGUUGUGUGCGUCGCUCGCGAUUUCUUCAAUCAACUUUUUUCUCUCGUAAUUGCUAUCAAGAAAGCGGUUGCGAUUUUCUUUGACUUUGUUUGAUUCUCUGAUUGCAUUUUCUCCACUCCUUGGAUUUGCCUUGGGGUGGUGGCAGUGUGCCCUAAUUAGUGCAUUGUUGCCGAUGGGUGAGUUCAUUUGAUCUCUUUUUCUUGCAUUGGUGAGAUAUAGAGGCCCGACGGUUAUCAUGGCACGGGCUUCGGGACGUUAUGUAAUGACUGGUGAUAAAGAUGGAGAUUACCGUAUGGUUGUUGAAUUUGAGGAUGAUUUAAUGCCAGACCAAGUGCUUCGAAAAGACGGGUAUUAUUUGGGGGAGCGCACGAAAAGUGCCAUGAUUGUUGCCCUGCAACUUAAGUCAGAACAACCACCCCAUUCACCAGAGUUUCCAGAACAUAAGGAGGAAGAAGACAAAGCUGACGUCAAUGUAGUUAAUGUAGGCAUCGCAAAAGUUGAAGAUAUGCGUACUAACGAGCCGCAAAGCUCGACGGAAUCUCUCAAGCCACCUACUCCAGGGUCUUCCUCAACACAGGCAGCUAUGGGUUUUUUAACGAAAGAGCCUGGAACGUCUCAACCAGUGGGAUGGGGUCAGCCGGAGGGGCAUGAUUUCAAGGGAAAGGCUGCGAGAGCAGUGGGUCGUGCACCCAUCGGUCAUCUUAGACGUGAUAGCAGCGAUGAUGAGGUCGAAGUUGAGAUCGUGGAAGUCGAUGCGUACACGAUCGUAGACGAUGAAAAUAAUAAACCAGUAUCACUUUGUGACGUGCCGCUGGAAUUUGAGGGGCGAUCGACGAAGGACUUCGCCAGCACUAGUACCGAGGUGUAUUUGCAUGGCAAGAGUGGGGGCGAGUAUAUUAUGCGCUCCAUUCGAGCGUGGAAGUUGGCAUUCCCUGGUAAUGGGACUUUUAAUAUUUUAGUUAAGAUCAACACGCAGAAGGGUGAUACGAAUUGGGUGAAGCUCGGGAAACCUCAGUUUGGCUACAAGGAAACAGCGGAGAGCGUCUUCUGUAUAGCUAAGUUCCUCGCCCUCCUGAAAGAAGAGCCACACGCAAGUGGAGACUUAGUGGGGAAGCGUCUUGAUGAAUGGGAUGUUCCUAAAGCGACUAUAUAUGGUCACCUUAGUAAGCGGUUCGCAGUGGUUGAGCAGUAUAUCAAUCUGGAUUCUGGACUGAAGGAUUCGGAUCUUGUGCAGGCUCUUAGUACUUUCAGAUCAGUAGUCUUCAAAGAUAAAGCAGCAAACUCUGGAAAGCGAAUGCUUUCGGAUGACAGUUCUGAUGAAGACGGCAAUCUACGUGUGAAAAGACAUAAGAAGGAUUUUGGAAACACUGUUGAUAAUAAUGAGGUCGGGAAGCCAGAAGAUGAAAUUAUGCACGACUCGGGUGAUGAGGUAAACUUUGUGGAGGAUGAAAAAGACGUUGAAAUUGACGAAGCCUCUGAAGAAUUAGGAGAUUCGUUGUGCAUUAUUUGUGAUGACGGAGGUGAAUUGCUGUGCUGCGAUGGUCCCUGUAUGCGGUCGUUUCACGCCAUUAGAGACCCCCAGCAUAAUUGCGAAACGCUUAAACUUACCAAAUCUGCCAUUGCGAAAAUGGUUGGUCAAUGGCUUUGCAAAAAUUGCGUGUAUAAAAAGCACCAAUGUUACGUUUGUGGGGAGCUUGGUGAUUCUGAUGAGGAUUUGGGAGUUAAAAGAGAGGUUUUUGUGUGUGAUGUCGCGUGUUGCGGUAAAUUUUAUCAUCCUACGUGUGUUGCAAACGAAAUUGCACUUACUGAGGAUGAUAGAAAAUUACUUGCAACGAACAUACAAGCUGGAGUAGAAUCCUUUGCUUGUCCUCUGCACAGAUGUAAAAAAUGUGGUAAAGGUGAAGAUUCGACGGAAGAGUCUCUUUUACUUGCUAGGUGCAGACGCUGCCCUGCAACAUGGCAUAAAAAAUGCUUGCCAAGUGGAAUACGUUUUGCGGAGGAGACGGACGACAAGCAUCCUGAAGUACGAGCCUGGGCAUUUGGAGAUGUCUAUAAGCGGUUCAUUAUCUACUGCACGAAACAUAAAAUCAUGAAAGAUUUAGGCACGCCUAAACGGAACCACGUUAAGUUCCCAAGAGUCCUUGAGCGCCCUGGGGAUCCUGAGGUGUUCAAACAACUCAAAUCGAAAGUCGCCGCUGAAGCUAAUGUGUCACCCAGCUUAGAGGCCAAAGCGUCUUCUUCUUUAAAGCCUAUACUGGUAGAUAAAAGUGCAAAAAAGAAACAUUCUGGUGUUGAACUGCUUGCCAAGGAAAAAAGGCCUGAGGAAAUUCGUGAACUUCCCUUGGCUUCACCACCAAGGUUAAGCAUAUCUGCAGAUAUGUUGAAGAAGUCUGAAGAUGCUGCAAAGAGGGUUGUUUUAGGAGUUAUUGCCGAGUCCGCGCAAAAGGUGACGGAUCAAUCCGUAAAGCUCAAGCUCGCACUUCCUAGUAUUUAUAGGGAGAGAAGAGGUUUUAGUUUUAUGAAGCAGGGUCAUAAGGAUUCGAUUUUGAAGGCCGCAAGGAUUGUUUUAGAGAAGUUACGAAGCAAAAAAAUAACAGUGGAGGAGGCAAAGGCCAUGUGUAAUCCAAGUAAUAUUAACAGAAUUGAAUUGGAAGAGGAUUAUUUAAAAACUUUUCUCGCGCCUACUCUUUAUGGGGACCGAUAUGUAUCUUAUGGGCGACACUUCACUAAACUUGAGAAGCUUAGAAAGGUGGUGCGAAGACUUCAUCCGUUAAUUUGGGACCACGAUACGAUUGUGGAUUUUAGCUGUGGAGAUAAUUCUUUUUCCCGGCUGCUGCACAAUGCUCUUUCAGAUGCUGGAAAGACUCAUUUGAAGUUCAAGAACUUCGACAUCUUUCCACCAAAAGAUACGUUUGAAUUCGAGCGGAAGGACUGGUUCGACACCAAAGCUACUGAAUUUGGAUCUGGUGAAAAUCUGGUUAUAGGUUUAAACCCUCCAUUUCCUUUUGCGGAGAAGUUUGUGGCUCACGCUUUGAUGAUGCAACCCAGACUACUUGUCCUUAUCACUCCUCCAUUGAAGAAUAAAAUGGAGCAUCGAGGCUACAACUGUUUGGAGGAUGAUCAUUUACUUUUGGAUGACAAUUCGUUCUAUGUACCUGGUAGCCUGCAUGAUCAGCAUAUGGAGAGCUUGCAGCAGGUUAAUGCUGUGGUCCCGCAUUUUUGUAUCUACGUCCACAAGAAGUUUUUCAGGGCCUAUGUUCCACGAAAAGAGUUGCUGCUGUCACCCACCCCUAGCCAGCCAAUUCGUGUGAAUGAGAAGCCUGUAAAGCCUCUCCAAUCAUCGAAACCGACUUCCAGUCUCUUUAUCGAAAACCCUGGCCUUGCUAGACCGGUUUCGUAUCGCGCUCAACCUAAUCCAUCCCCAAAUCCUAGAUCUUCUGAAAAAAUAACACGAAGGAGCCCACAGACUCGUGACCCAAGACUCGCAAGUCGGCAGCCUCAGCACGUACCAAGAAGGGAACACAGGUCACCGACUUUUGAUCCGCGCGUUAGAGAUACAUUCUCUCCAAUUGGUAAUUUACCGAAUAGCAGAAGCUCAAGGUGGGGUCAACCGCUACUGCCAACGCCAACGCCACCUCCUCCGCCACCUCCACCUCAACUGCAUCCAUAUGCUCAUCGUCCUUCCCAGUUCCUACCUCACCCGUAUGAACAUCAAGCUUAUAACCCUGAACAACCCUACCUUUUCCCUACAUCACAACUUUCUUCCUCGGUUCCCUAUCCACAUCAUUUUCAGAAUACGCAUUCGUUUCGGCAGCAGAGUUCCCAGCACUUCCACCCAGGCCAACAAUCUCGAAGGGAUCCUCAUUACCAACAUGGAACGACCUCUGAGAGGGAGGAUAGUAACAUUGGAGGAUGGAUCGAUUAACGACCCGUGAUCUUAUGGAUGAUGAGCAUGGACUGAAGGCAUGGGGAGUAUGUUUUGGGAUGCUUCUUGGAUAAGGUAUUGGUUUACUGAGUUGGGGUUUAAGGUGAGUUCCCGAGGUCUCUGACAUGGUGGGUCCUCAUGCUUCCCCUUCGGAACUAGAUGCACUUGAGGUCCUGCCUUUUAAUCUCACUUGAUUUAGAUCGUCUUUACAGAUGUACUCUGGAGUUGUAUUCUAUCAGUGAAAAAACAUUUCACGUUUCUGACUUCUAGUUAUACACUCAAGUACGGCAAUGCCUUUUGAGGAUGUGAAGUGGUUUUGACAUACUAGUCUUAAGCAGGCAUGCUUGGGAGCUAUUUAGGACUUUGGAGAUACUUGUUUCAAGAUUGAUUAAGGUUUGUCGUGCUCUUAAUAACUUUCCGAUGAUUUUACCAACUAUCAAGCCAUUUAUGGGGUUCGUAA